UAAAACGGUGGUUAUAGUAAGGAACCGUACGAGCGCAAGACGUAUUAUUUUGACAGAAACGGUCUGCCAACGUGCUCAACCGGAUCGCUCUUGUCAGUCAGUACACAGUCCGUCGUCUUCCUGUCUGCAACACGAGAACACGGACCGAAAUCUAAACAAUAUGAAGACCGCUCCUGUAUUGUGCGCGGCAGCUUUCGCGUUGGUGCUACAAGCCAUGUGCGCGACCGCAGCUGGUGGCGAACGCCAACAGCAACAAUUGCCGCUGUUCUUCCAAGCGGGCCGACCGUUCAACGCGCCCGGCGCCCCGUUGCCCAAAUUUGUAGGAAUUGCGGGCAACCAGCCACCGCAAGCUUUCCGCUCGGUACCACCGCAGGUAGACGAGGAGCAGGAAGACGAGGAACAGCGCAACGACGACGAGCCGCACCAGCGCAAUGUGCUCGCUCCCACUCCACUGCCGUUCAGACCGCAACCGACGCCACAGUUCAAUCAAUUCCGUGCUUCUCCGUCGCCGUCCCCGCAGACCUUGCAACCGAUCCGCAUUAACAGGCCCACCGAAACUCCGAUCAGAAGACCACAGCCCCCGACACCGUCGCAGUUCAAAUCGCUGGCCAGUCAACCAUUGUCGGAAGAAGCCCAAGAAUUAGAAGAAGAAAAAGAAGAAGAACCCGAUCGUCUUACCCAGCUGUUGCCCCAGUCUAAAUUCACUUGCGGUGGCAAAAAGACCGGUUACUAUGCUGACGAUGGUCUGGACUGUGAAGUGUUCCAUUACUGUCAAGACGGCGCUAGACACUCUUGGAUAUGUCCGGAAGGUUUCGUUUUCCACCAGGUACAUCUGAUUUGCAUGCCACCGAGCAGCGAGAAUAUUUGCAAACAGUCGACGCAGUAUCACUUCGUCAACGACUUCCUGUACAGGCCAGUGAACACGGAAGAGGCGAACUCCCGGCCGAACGUGACGCUCAGGUACGGCGACAGGUACUACCCGGGCAGCAACUCCGAAGCGGGUGAAGAGUACGACCACGACGAGGAGGAACCGGCACAGAGACCGCAACAGUUCAGACAGCAGCCCGUGCUCAGGCAGCGCAUUCAACAGCAACAACCCCAGCCCACGCAACAGCACGUCCUGUCCACCCCACGUCCGGUGCACGUGUUGCAACAGCAGCAGUUGCACGAACAGCAACAGCAUCAGCCACAGUUCGCCCGACAACCGUCGCCCAACCAAGUGUUCCAUUCGUCCGAGGAGAUCAACAUACCGUUGCAGCAGAGGCGACCGGUCGUGUUGCAACAGCAACGGCCCAGCUUCCAACAGCAGCAGCAGCAGCAGCAACAACAACAACAGCAAAACGACUUUGACUUCAGAAGGAAGUGAUAGACGCGCGACUACGUCUCGAGAGUGACUGAGACGCUUCUCGACGACGAUAUUAUAUCGCCGACGAGGAGUGUCAGUGUACACUCAUGUAUAUCGUUUACGUAAUAGGUUAUGAAAAAUAAUAUUUAUCAUUUUUUUUUUUUUUUUUAUAUAGUUACACUAGAGCGUUGGCUCUAUUGUACAAACAUAUAUGUGUAAUAAUUAUAUAUAUUUUAUUAUUAUUAUUAUUAUUUUUAUUGUUAGGUUAAGACCGACGUGAAAUUAUAUAGGACUUGUUGUAUUAUGAUAUUAUAUUGAUGGAGAGAGCAACGAAUAGGAUUUAUUAUAUUAUUAGCACACGCUUUACAGUUUGCGAAUAAUCGACUAAUAUGGUACAACAUUCGACAUCUUUAUUCUUUUGAAUUCAUACGCGAUCCAUAAACAUUAUAUUAAAUUGGCCAAAAUUCCUGUACACAAAAAGAUCGACACUUAUAUUUUCGAAUUUCAAUACUUACUACUGUACUAUUUAACGUGUACUGUACUGUACAUGAUAUGAUACGAACUACUACAACUGUCUGUGGAUGUUUUUUUUUUUUGUUUUUAAUCGACGACUUUUCCACUGAUUUUUAAAAGUGUGCUCCACAAUAUUUAUGAAUUUGGAAAUCGGCACCAUUUCUGUUCUAUGAACAAACGAUACGUGCAAAUACUAUUGAAAAAAUUAAAUACCUACUUUCGAUUGUUAGUUGAUUGUACUAUGAUAUAUACGCGUAAUACAUAUUAAUAUGUAUCAAAAAUCGAUGUUUAAACAAAAAAAAUUUAAUUUAAAAAAAUAAAAAUAUGUUUACUCUUUAUUACAUACGUUGCACAUGCCAUUAUGCAAAAAUAAUUAUAUACUUAUCAACUGCUUAUAUUUAAUAAUUGUUUCAUAGUAUUUUUAUUAUACUAUACUGCUGUUUUAAAACUUUAGUUCAUAAAUAUUGAAUUGUAUAUUAUUAAAUGAUUUAUGUUUAAGGUACCGAUACAUAUCAUCAUGUAUAGGAUUGACAAUAAAUUUAUGACGUCAUUGUAAACCUAUAUAAUAUGUAGUCCAGAUCCAAACGUUCUUUAAAUUAUUUUCAAUGUACUAGAAGUAUCUGUCUGACUUGAUUCUUCUUUUUUAUUUUAGUAGAAUAUUUAAGUAUAUACUCAUAUAAAUACUUCAUAUUUUUAUUUAUAAAAAAAAAAAUAUUAAUUUACAGUAUCUUUGAAAUUGCUUCGUGCUGCCAAUAUCGCUUUUGUAAUACAAAUAUAAUCAUAUAAAUUAUAUUA